AUGACAACCAAUACUGUACUUGACAAACCUGAACAGGCCGAAUUGAUAGUCGAUAACACUAUUCUGGAUGCUAAUGCAUUUGAUUACUCGAGUGAUGAAGAUGACUCCUUCAGUAUUGGGGAUGAAGAAGACAACAUUGUAGAUGAGGAAAACAAUAUUGUCAAUAAUUUCUUUGAUAUUGAAAUGAACAGUAAUCCAGUUUUCAACGCAUUCUCUGACAUGUUUUCUUCUGCUGCUGCUGCUGAUGAAAUAUCAAUGACUGAUGAUAACUCUGAGAUCCCGGAAGAAGUCUUUGAGACAAUUGGCACUGUAAAUGACCCUACAAGCUGUUAUCCUUUUUGCGAUCUUCAAACCAUGAUCCUUUUUGCUUUUAUAAAUGGGGAUAAUGACAUGAUCUCCCAGCAAAUGUUGAAGAAGAUACUGCUUGCAAUGAACUUGAUCAUUAAGAUCCAGCAAGAAACUUCCAUAGGAAGAACAUUUAAGUUAACUUGUUUGGAUGCUCUUUUAAAUUAUCAGGCAAGAAAGAAGUUCAAGAUGCCUGUCUUUCCUUCACAAAGAAUAUCAGUACCUGGAUCAAAUGGGAAUGCAUUCACCCAUAUUAACCUUCCAUCCGACCACUUGAGAUUUCUUAUGGCAAAGCCAAAGAAAUCCAAGUUGAUCUUGUCCAUGCCUGAUUGUACCCCAAACCAAUCGAUUUGUUUGGAACAAGGUGAAAAGUGGAGAAUUUACCAUCUCUUUCAGCAGCCUAUGCACACUGUAAAUGCAAACAAAAACAUUUUUGCAAGAGAGUAUCUGGUCAGAGCAAUUUGGAUUGUAUGCUAUGGCGUUGAGGUUGCUGUUACCAAUCUUAGAGUAGAGCAGAUCUCUCAUGUUGACACCACUCCUGUUGAAAGAGAUCACUACUACAGUAUCUCAAGUAGCCUUAUCAGAUUGAGUCCUGCUCAUGACUUUCUCCUUUUUGGAGUUCAUCCAAUGGAGAAGCCUAUGCCUCUUUCUGUUUUGCCCGGUAAUGUAGAUUGCGAUGCAGUAUUUUACAAAGUUAGGAUUGUUUCAAUCAUCCUUUUUACAAACGACACUUCUGGCAAUUGUUCAAAGCAGUACAUUCUGUUUGAAAGCUGGUUAAUGAGAUGCGCUGCCUUGCCUUUUAAGGAUCGAAAUUUGAUAGCAAAUAUCCAGUUUCUUUCUACAAUCCCUAAGAAAGAUGGUACAAAUGGUAUGUCUCUUCUGCCAGUAAUCGUUGAUGACUUUAAGAAACUCAAGAAAGGUGUAAAAAUGUUCUCCACUGAAGACAAUGCAUAUGUUCUGGUUGUUGCUCCCAUUGUUUGGAUUGAGGCUGACAUGCCAUAUCAUUUGGAACUUUGCAGAUUGCUUGGGCCGGCCACCAUAUUUCCUUGCAGAAGAUGCUACAUCAAACUUAGACAUGCAAAAGACUUUGUGAAAGACUUGUUCUACUUCUGUGAGUCCCAUGAGAGACGAACUCAAGAGCACUAUGUUCUUGCAAACUCGACACCUGACAGAGACACUGAGAUCCCAAAUGCUCCAAAAAUUAGAAGGAACACACCUGCAAACGAGAUAAGCUUUAGAGAUUGUUCAACUGGCCGCUUAUUAGAAUUGUGGUCGUUUGAUCCAGAAAAGAGCAAACAAGAUGUUUGCCUAAAGUUUGCAAAGCAGAAGUCUGGAACUGGAAUAGAGAGGUUCAUUAAGGACAACAAUGAAUCCUUGUUCUAUUACACCUUCUUUGGGGGCUUGAAAGAGCUAAAGAACAACAACGACUCUGGAGAUAUUGAAGAUGACGCCAUCCAAAACAACAGUUUUGACGCAUUUGUUUUUAGAGAUGAUCCAAUCUCUCGUCCUUGUAUAGAACUUGUCUCAGGCUCUGUUGUUAAGUUUCUUAGCAUUGUUCCUCGUAUGGAUAAUGACAGAAACAAUAACUAUGUUAAGACUGUAAUGACAGGUGAGCAUUCUGAUAUUGCUAACAUGAAUCUCGUUUGUAAGUUAGAUUUGCACAUUUUCCACAACCCAUUUUACAUUCCUAGACAACGUGGGCGGUCUUCUCAUCCAGCUGCUGUUACUGAGAGCCAUGUUGAGACUAUUGAUAAAAGUAUUUCAGACAAUAAAGCAACUGGCAUUGGUGGAGUUGAAGAUGAUGCAUCUGAUUCCAAUGUCAAAGAAAGCUCAUUGGAGUCAACGAGACAUAUGCAAAAGAUUGGCUAUAUUUGCGCUAAUUUCUUUCAGGAUUUUACAAAUGAUCCAGAAUUGGAUGAACUUCCACAUGGAUUCAAUGCACUAAACUUUCAAGAACCAACAAUUACUUGCACUGCACCAAGUGGAAGAAUAACCAGGAAACAUCUUGGCUCUUCCCAGCCUUUAGAAGUCAUUGAGGAAGAGAUUACACCAUCUGAAGAGCCUCUAAUUGACAUUCCUACUUCUGUAAACCACUCUGUGUUGCCCCAUCAUGCUCAACAGCUGAAUAAUAAUAGCUUGAACUCUGUCUUAGAUGUUAUGGCUUCAUUGCAUACAGCUAUAAGAGAAGAAAUACGACUCUCCACUCAGAACUUUAUGGAGUCAUAUUUAGAUACAACUGAAGAAAGAGCGGAGAAGAAAAGAAGGGUUGAUGAAGAGUUUGAGAUGUGGGCAAGGCAUACUGCAGCUUAUGAGAAGGAUGUGGAGACUAGAGCAAGAGAAGCUGCUAGAAGGGAGAGAGAAGUGGAGAUAAAAGCUGUAGAUCGAGAAAGAAAAGCAAGGAGAGAUGAGAUAUUCCUUUUAGAACAAAAGAGAAUGAAUGAUAUUCUGGCUGGAAUUGUACAGCAAACUGACAAAGAUAACAACACUUGGAACAAUAGUGUUGUGAAUGAGUAUUGA